ACCCUCAGGCGCUGUGGUCCAGGACUGGGGGGUGGGGACGGGGGCGGGGUCCCCUGGGAUUGACGACUGCGCAGACCGGGCGGGACGGCCCCUUUGUCUUAGGGAGCUGAGACUGCAGCCACAGGGCGAAAGGUUGCAGCAGAUGCCCCACAGGAUCCUGAUUCCUCUUGUCCUUACACACCUAAGACGCCAAGAUGGCAGCAGCUGGACUUCUGCCACUGCCAUCAGGACCUCAGGUCAAGGUGACCUUCGAGGACGUGGCUGUUCUGCUGUCCCAGGAGGAGUGGGCCCGCCUGGGCCCUGCUCAGCGGGGCCUCUAUCGGAAUGUGAUGAUGGAGACUUACGGCAAUGUGGUCUCGCUAGGACUCCCAGGAUCCAAGCCUGUUGUGAUCUCCCAGCUGGAGCGAGGAGAAGAUCCAUGGGUGCUGGAUGGGCAGGACACUGAGCCGAGCCAGGGCCUGGGAAGUGGCCACUCCGAAUGGAAAACCAAGGAAGAAAACCAAAACACAAACUUGAACUUACAGCCAUUGAUCUCAGACGAAAAAGCAGUGAUUCUGGGGGAAACAUCGUUGAAGGAGGCUAAUGAAGAACAUUGCAAAACAGAGCAGAACAUCUGCCCAAAUCCAGCCCCUGUUGGCCCCCAUACUGCCCAGGUAUCAAGUCCUAAUGUCCCACUUGCUAGACCCCAGGUGGCUCCUAGCGGAGAGAGACCCUAUAUAUGCAUCGAGUGUGGAAAAUGCUUUGGUCGGAGCUCUCACCUCCUCCAGCACCAGCGAAUACACACUGGUGAGAAGCCCUAUGUCUGCCAUGUGUGUGGGAAGGCCUUCAGCCAGAGCUCUGUCCUCAGCAAGCACAGGCGGAUCCACACCGGCGAAAAGCCCUACGAAUGCAACGAAUGUGGGAAAGCCUUUAGAGUGAGCUCGGACCUUGCCCAGCACCACAAGAUCCACACGGGAGAGAAGCCUCACGAAUGUCUAGAGUGUGGGAAGGCGUUCACUCAGCUCUCCCACCUCAUCCAGCACCAGCGGAUCCACACGGGGGAGAGGCCCUAUGUGUGCCCCUUGUGCGGGAAAGCCUUCAACCACAGUACUGUCCUGCGGAGCCACCAGAGGGUGCACACUGGAGAGAAGCCUCAUGGGUGCAGCGAGUGUGGGAAGACAUUCAGCGUGAAGAGAACGCUGCUGCAGCACCAGCGGGUCCACACCGGCGAGAAACCCUACACGUGUAGUGAGUGUGGCAAGGCCUUCAGUGACCGCUCGGUGCUCAUCCAGCAUCACAACGUGCACACCGGGGAAAAGCCGUACGAGUGCAGUGAGUGCGGCAAGACCUUCAGCCACCGCUCCACCCUAAUGAACCACGAGCGGAUUCACACGGAGGAGAAGCCCUAUGCGUGCUACGAGUGUGGGAAGGCCUUCGUUCAGCACUCGCACCUCAUCCAGCACCUCCGGGUCCACACCGGGGAGAAACCCUAUGUGUGCGGCGAAUGCGGGCAUGCUUUCAGUGCGCGCAGGUCUCUGAUCCAGCACGAGAGAAUCCACACCGGCGAGAAGCCCUUUCAGUGCACAGAGUGUGGCAAAGCCUUCAGCCUGAAAGCAACUCUCAUCGUGCACCUGAGGACCCACACCGGUGAGAAGCCCUACGAGUGCAAUCGCUGUGGCAAGGCAUUCAGCCAGUACUCGGUGCUCAUCCAACACCAGCGGAUCCACACGGGAGAGAAACCCUAUGAGUGUGGGGAGUGUGGGCGUGCCUUCAACCAGCACGGGCACCUGAUCCAGCACCAGAAAGUACACAAGAAGCUGUGACCCAUGGCGGUCAGAAGCCCAACUUAGAACCUGCACAAUACAUUUCCCAGUUCUGGUAAAUCUGCAGGACCUUUUCCUUGGUGGCUCAAUGUCACAAUUCCUUUUCCUUCUAGAGAAAAACAUUCUACUGGUGUUACCUUUUUUCCCUAACCAUCUUGAGGUUAUAGUGGAGAAUCCUAUAAUUGUGGAUAAUGGUAAAGUUAGCCAUAAUUCUGCCUUUGAUUAUUUGACAUGAAUCAGUUUAUUGAAGCAACUGAAAAGACUAUAUUGACAUUUCAAAUGGAGUUGUCUUACAAGCUUCACACCUUUCCUAAAUACAUCUGGUCAUUCAAAUGCUGUAUUUAAAUUUAGAAUGUUGGACUAUUUUCAGUUAUCUUUUUUUUGGGGGGGGGGGCCUACUUUGAAAGGUCUUUGUGUAGCCAUGGCAAUCCUGGAACUCUGUAGACCAGACUGACCUCAAACUCAGAUAUCCACAUGCCUCUGCCUCCCUACUGCUGGGGUUAAAGACGUGUGCCAGCACCAACCAACUUAUUUUUGGUAUUUAUUAAACACUUAAGUACUAUG